AUGACCGAGAAACAGAAGAUCCUGGCCUCCCGAGAGAGACUCGACAGGACCUUGGCCUCUCCUGGCCUUUCAAAUGAGGAUUCGAUCAAGUCCCUCGUCAAGAAUCAGCUUCUGCGUUCACCGUUCCCUGGAACCGAGGGUCAGUUGGAAUCAUCUGGGCUCAUGGUCUUUCUUCAGAAAAAAAUAAUGAAUUAAUUCAGUAAAUCUGUGGGAGAAAAUUUUGACGGGUUUUACAGCUCAGUUAUCUUGUCUCCUCUGUCUUCCUUCUAGACUGAGGUGGCCGCCAUGAAAGGGUUGCCCGAACCUUUGGAGGAAGAAAAGCUUAUUUAUCAUAAAGCCUUUGCCCCAAUAAACAAGAUACCUCAUCUUAACCAGCCUAAAUCAGGAUGCGAUCAUUAAAUAAAUUUCUUUCUUGUCAAAAAUGUGCACAUGAGAUCACUGCUACCGCCUUCCUUAUCUCCCAGCUGCCACCAAAGAAUUUAAGGAAUGCUGCUCCUCUGUUUUCAAAUGAUGGAUAUAAUUUCCCCAUUUUGCCCAGGUUACUGACCAGAACAAAGAAUGAUGUCAGAAUAUCCCCGUGUGUGUCGAAUUGUUAAUGAUGCGAUUAACCUUAAGAGAUGUACACUCACGCAUUUCCAUCCCAAAUAGCAAAAAAAUUCUGAUUGGUAAAUCGCGCAUGUCUACUAUUUAAAUGUUCAUUUUAAUUUUUUUCCUUCAUUUCUUCGGUGACCAGAAGAUAAUAAGAUAACAGUGUCUUAUUUGGUGGUGCGAGUUAUUCGUUCCUUGUCGGUGUCUGCCUGUACUAGCAAUAUUUUUCCAAUUUUCAGGAGAUCUCACGAAUGUUGUGGAGAACCGUUCAAAGGAGGUAUCCAAUUUUAUCGACAUGCUGAGGAGUGCUUCAUCAGGUGAUAAUGUUUCAACGAAGGUUUCAAGGGCCUCAUAUGGUAACUGGAAGGUGAGCCCGUACAACACGGAAUACCAUUCUCUUCCUGAGUUGCAGAUGCUUGUGCGACUUUCUUUGUCUUGUACAGCAAAAUUAAAUGAUAAGCUUGUUCAUAGAAAAUCCCCCAUAAUUUGUUCAACUGCCCUCGUUUAGUACUAUUCUCAACAGUAUGGCUUACAAGAGUAAUUUUCCCUGUUGGCCAACGAUCUGAUCUAAUCUGCACAUGUACGCGAAAUCUCCUUCAGACACUUUGACCAUCUCCAUCAACCUUGAGAUGGCAAGUCACCACCCUUAGAGCUCCGAGGGGAAGGCUUCCUUGUGGUGAUUCUGCACGGCUUUUUGAGAUUCAGCUGGUCUCAAGCUGUGCAUGUAACUUCUUGAGAUUCUCUACCAUUGAGUGCACAUUCAUCACUCUUGGACGGCGCUUGAAGAGGUUAUCCAGACCCUUCAUGGGAUAGAAUAUCUGUUAUCUUCUCCAGGCAGUCACUGUCACCCUUGCCUUCCACAAUAUCAAGCGAGAUAAAAUCAUCUCUGUAUAUUAGUUUGGAAAUUUUUUACAAGACUACUGAGCCAUUUAAACUUAAUUUUCGAUGUUAUGAUGCUAAUCAUAGGUCUGUAUAUUUUCCCUCGAAGGUAAAGAAACGUAUAGGUACUUCAUAACACGUGAUAUGCGGUUGAUGGUGCGAGUUAUUAGAUUUGACAUGUCGGCGGACCUACUUGAAGACUGUUUUAUGAGUUUGGGUUCACUGUACACAUCUUCUUCCGCAGGGCUCGACAGAUGGGCAUCCAAAUGGAAUACAACCUCAUAGUUUAGCUCAUUUUCACAUCUUUAGGUUUAAUUAAAGGAAAACAAAAUUGGGUAAGUUUAACACUACAUGAAGCUAUGAUUAUCUGGCACGUGACUUUCAUCUGGAUAAAACUGUUAGCCUCAACAGCUCAUCGCUGUGCUCUGAAUUUUUGAUAAGUUCAGCAUGGAAUAAUUUUAUCUCAACCCAACUUUUUUCUGUGCGGCAAAGUCGCACGUUUUGGGCUUCCGGUUGCAAUCGCUUGACCAGUCCUGGGUAUUUUUCCAGAUAAAACAAGAUACAGAACAACUCCGAGUAAUGUACCGGGAAGGUCCCAAGGGCUCCCCCUUCCAUACGUUGCUUGCAGAAGGAUAUGCAGAUGGUCCUAUCGAUAUCUGUAAGUUGAAAAAGGAAAUACCUUUUACCAUAUCUAUACACUCUGUAUCAGAAGUGACGCUGAUUACAAGCUGA